AUGACAAAGGAUCCCGAGGCCCAGUAUGAGGCCCUAAGUCUAACCGAGCUUAAAAGCAAUGACCAGCAAAAGAGCGUUAUUGGUUACAGCGUCAACUUUACCCUGGGGGGAGUGCUGCUCUUCGGGGGGUUCAAAGUCGACGCCGAGGCUGAUGAAAAGGAUAGGGACAAAGAUGAUGGUAACUGUAGCGUAAGUAGCGAUGGAAGCAGUGGGGGCGACGGCGUGGGCAACGUCUGCAACGACGCCUAUCUGGUUCACAUUAAAAAGGAGAAAGUCGAGUAUGAAACGUUAAAGAGCAAAGUUAAGCCCAAAUGCAGGUGCUACCACAACUCGUGCACUUUGCUUGAAAAUUAUGUUGUCAUUUUUGGAGGGCUAAACAGUGAAGUGCCCUUCAUAGCACUUAAUGACUUGUGGAUUUUUAACAGCGCAAAUAAAACCUUUACGGAGAUAAAGGUGAUUUCCGACGAGGAGGUGACUGAGGGAGUAGAGACAGCACCUGGGUCUUCCAAAAGCGAAGGAGAGGGAGAUGAUGAAAUGUACGAUGGGUCGAAAUUAAGUGGCGAAGAAGAUUACCCAAAAGUGGACACAGAAGAAGACGGGAAUAAUAACAGUUACAUAUUGAACAGUGUGCAUUUGAAAAAAUUAGGGAAGUAUCUGAACUGUGAGAAAGGUGCGUUUGCCAGUCAGGGUAGCUGCGUUGUCCCCGCCCCGAGGUACUUUUCCAGCUUAGACCUAUACGUAAGUAAGAAAGGGGUAGCAGAAGGAGCAACAGAGGGAACAACAGAGGGAGCAGCACAGGAAACGGCAGAUGGAGCGACGGAGCAAGUGGAAGAUGAUGUUGAUGAGGAUGACGGGGCGGAGGGAAAGAACCCAUUAAGCGUAAAAAACAACAAAAUUGUCCUGAAUAAUGCAAACGCGUAUGAAUAUUUCAGUCUCAUCCUAUUUGGGGGGUAUGGCGGGUACGACAGAAGCAGCUUCAACGACUUGUACGAAUACGACAUUCUAACGAACCAAUGGAUUCUAAGAACCUGCAAAGGUAGCACCCCCUCGAAUAGGUAUGGACAUGUGUCCUUCAUCAAUGAAAAUAAUUUGUUCAUCUUAGGUGGGACAAAUUCGGAAGUUAGCUUCAACGACAUGUACGCCUGCAAUUUGAAGAACAACGAAUGGUCCGAGAUCGACUUUUCCUACUCCUUCAAUGUGUCAAAAGUAUUUUGCAGAAGCGUGAUGGUGGAGUCGAUAGACAGAAAUAUCAUUUUCAUUUUCGGGGGGUACAACAUUGUUAGUGAUGAAAAAGGGAACCGAAAAAUAGAGUACAGCAACGCAGAGUUGAAUAUGCUAAAAUUGUAUGACACGUUUAAGUUGGAAGAUUUGAAGUACACCGUGGUUAGGAGUAAGGAUGCUGAAACGGGUUCUGCAUCUACCGGUGUAGGAACUACCAGCAUAACCACAACAGCUAAACACGGGAACAACCAACUCAGCCAAGUGGAUAAACUAAAGGGAACACCAAGAGGAGAAACUCACGAACAAGAUGACCCAACCGGUAAUAUAAACUUCUGCUCAAUUACGUACGAUUUUGUAGACGCAAAUUUAAUCAUCACAGAUUCGAAGCAAAAAAUUUAUGUAAUAAAUAUAAGUAGAAUUAUAGGACCCAAGUAUGCCAUUUUUUCCCUACUACCAAAACACUGCGACAUUGAAGGUAGUAAAAAAAUGCUCUUGAAGGGAAAAGGAUUUAUGAACGAAGGAAAGAUAAGUAUAAAAUAUACGUCUGAUGAUGUCGACCUGUUCAGUGAAGGAAUCUACAUUAAUGAAAAUUACAUCUACACCAUUGUGCCUAGUGCAAAAGACAAAAUAAAAAACAACAUCUGUCAUGUGCACCUGUCCAUCAACGACAAAUGCUACACCACUAAUAAGUGCUUGCUGGAGUAUUACUACAAUAUAGAUGCAAAAAAGACGCUCAUUUUUGGGUCUGGUUUGCUAGAACCCAUUUGUUUAAAAGAACCCAAUAUAUUCUUCCUCAUAGCUAGAAACUCCUUGAACGAGAAAAAAAAAAUCGGAGGAGAUAAAUUCCAGAUCAGCAUCACAUACGAACAGGAUGGAAUUCACCACGAUGUGAAGUACACCCUGUAUGAUGUUAACAAUGGGUUCUACAUCGUGAAGUACUUCCCUUAUGGGGAAGAGGCGACAGCAAGGGAUGCCACCAUCCCCGCUAUUACGGGAGGAGAAGAAGUGGACCCUGCCCAAGGGGAUUCCAACUUGGCGCCCGAUGACGGUGGCGAGGCUGUGCAGGCGGUGGAAGCGUCAGGUGUGGAGGAUGCGGAAAACCAAGAAAAUCUGGGCAAUGGGAAAAUCGACCAAGCAGAUGAACCCAGCGUCAGCGCGGAAGAGCCCCCAAUCACCACGGGAACCAUCCACAUAUCUGUGAAGCUGAACGGGGAAGACACCCGAAACAGUCCCUUCGCCCUGAAGGUGUACAACCGAGUAACAGACAAAGCCACAUUCGUGAAUAAAUUUAUCAACGAUCGGUUAGAAGAUUUAAUAAAAAAAGGAGAACACGUUCUCAAUUUGAUUAGAAACAAAGACUUGAGCACCGCCAACCUGAUUGAGCUAAACGUUAGCAUUGAAAACUUUCUGGGCAAUUUUUCCAAGUCGAUAUAUGACAUAAAUACGAUUGAGCAGUAUAUACUAUACGGCUCCAUCGAUGCGGGGAUGAUGGAGCCAAUACUAGAACAGGUGCACCAGGAGGGGAACGUGGUGGACGCCUCUCUGGAGGACGAAUCCUCCAUCGAGAGGUACAUCGACGAAUUGAUAAGUGGUCAAAGUGGCGGAAGCGACACAAACGGAACGGUACAAGAUUCCCCCGCCCAGGAUGCAGGUAGUACCUUCCUAAAAGUGAAGGACAACGAAGGCAUUGCCAACUUUAUCGAGUCAAGCAAAAUGAAAUUCGUGGACUGCGCGGAGGCCAACUUGGUGAAGAGACUGAAGGGCUACAUUGCCCUGCUGAACAGCGAAGAGUCCAGCCUGCGGAAUAGGAAGGAGCCGAAGAGAAGCGACGGCGGGGUAGGGGAUACCGCUAUGGGGAAGACAGCCCUGGGGAAUCCCCCUGUGGGAAGUCCCUUCGAAGAGUGCCCAACCGAGGGGGAAGAUAACCAAAUAGAAGUGAUCACCAAUUUUCUGAACUUCUACCACAAGCUGAAAUCCGUCUGCAUCUGUAAAAAGGAAAAGGAGCUAAAGGAGGAAUUCGUGAAGGAAGAAAAGGAAAGCAUAAAAACGAUGAAGCUUAACUACAACAAAUUUGUAAACAUAAAAAAAAAUUUGGAAACUUCUAGCGUCUAUACGCAUAGUAGUGGAUAUGAAGGGUCUUUAAAGGAACUGGAGAAUAUGAAAAAGUACGUAGAAGAAAUUAAGGAGGAAGUUACCAAGGUGGAGCAGAUCUCACAGAACAUCGUAAAAAUAGACAACGUAGAAGAGCUAAGCAAAGACAUAGACAAUUUAGAAAAAGAAAUUGAUGAAAUUGAGAAGCUGUGGAUGUUUAUAAAAAAGAAGGAUCAAGUGCUUAACGGGUUCCUUUUCUCUACAUUCAACGAUUUAGAUGUAGAAGAAUUCGACAUGCAAAUGAAGAACCUCCAAAACGAAUUCAAAAAAAUCAAAGUGGACAGGAAACACAAUAUAUGGAAGGAAGAAAUGGCCAAACUGAAGGAUAUUAUCAAAUUUGUAUCCGUCAUAAGUGAACUAAAAAAAACGUUCAUUAAGGAGAGGCACAUAAAAGAGAUCGAAGUUAGCAUAAAUGAGGAGAGAGAGAAAGAAAACCAAGAACCAAUAAACCUUCUCAUCGAUGAAAAUACACUAACAAUCUAUUUUUAUAAGCUAAAUGUGAUAAAGUACCAUGAGUCCAUAGAAGAAGUUAUCAUAAAAGCUUACAAUGAAAAGAGCAUAGAAGAGAUAAUACAAAAAUUUGAAGACUACUGGGAUGGCAUCUACUUUAAGCAUAAGGAUUACAAAAAUGGGAUCACUCUCACUUACAUUGAUGAUAUGUGUAUAGAAACAAUAGAGGAACAUCAAAUGAGUCUCCAAAACUGCUUCUCAUCCAAGUACUUUCUCUUUUUCUCAACGGAGCUAAACAUUUGGCAGAAAAAAAUCACCAAUAUUUACGAAGUGAUUUUGCUACUCAAAGAUAUAGAGAAGCUGUGGAUGUAUCUGCAAAAUAUGUAUGUCUACUCGGAGGAAGUGAAAAAGGAACUGCCCCUUUAUUCUAAAUUUUUUCUCAUCAUCAAUGAUGAAUACUUAGACAUGCUGAAACAAAUUGUGGGGAACAACACCAAGGUGGUGGACUUCGCUAAUGAGGAGGGCAUUAUAGAGAAGUUAGAAGAACUAAAGGUGAAGCUCUGCAAAAGUGAGAAGCCUCUAAAUGAGUACCUUGACUCCAAGAGGAAGUCCUUCCCUAGAUUCUUCUUCAUAUCGUCCACCGACUUGAUCGACAUCCUCUCCAAUGGGAACAACUUCAAGUUGGUCAACACUCACGUGCAGAAGAUUUUUCUCUCCAUCCGGAGGUUCGUAACGAGUGGGGAGGUUCUCUCGGAGUAUGAGCUGGGGAACGAAGUUAGUUUGGGCCAACCCACAGGCAGAGCGCCACAAGAAGACGCUCCACAUGCUGCUGAGGACGCCCCUCAGGACGCCCCCGUGGAGGUCCAAAACGAGGUGAUAACCAAGCUGAUCUCCUCCUACGGAGAAGAAAUAUGCAGCUUCCACGAACCCCUAGCAUUGAAAGGAAAAGUAGAGUGCUACCUUAACGACAUCAUAAAGCACAUCAAAUACACCCUCAAAUAUUACAUUGCAAAUCUUUUCAAAUUAAAACACAUGUAUAAUGUAGAGAAGGACAAAUGGAUAGACCAAAAUUACCUAUCGCAAGUUUUUAUCCUUUGCAACUCCAUCUUUUUCGUUCAUGACGUUGAAAAUAUUCUACGAAAGGGAGACUCAAAUGUCAAGGAGCAGCUAAAAGCUUACUAUAAGAACCACAUCACUCAACUGGAAAAUGUAAUUAAAAAGGUUCAAAAAAAACUGACCAUAAAAAACAGAAUAAAAAUUAUGUGUAUAAUUACUUUGGACACUUUCUACAGAGACAUUCUAGAAGUCAUUCUAAAAAAUAAAAACUCCAUUUCGAUAAACAUGUUUGAUUGGCAAUCGCAAAUUAGGAUGUACCCCUAUUUUAAUGAUAAGACCAGUGCUCGUUCUCCGUCUAUGGGGAAUACCAACCCGUAUGGGCAAAGCCACGGCGUAGGAGAAGGUGAAAAGGUAACCGGGGAGACAGACCCCUCAGUGGACAUAGCAGAAAAACAGAUGAAUCAAUCUAUGGUACAUACAGAUGAAAACAUUUAUGAAGAGAACUCUCUAAACUUCAAGCAGCUUUAUAUAAAAAUAAAAAUCAUGGACUGCUCCUUUAACUACUCAUAUGACUAUAUUGGCAAUUACCAAAGGCUAGUCAUUACUCCAUUGACUAGCCGUAUAUACAUCACAGCUACACAGGCGCUAAGUCUCUAUAUGGGAUGUGCCCCUGCUGGUCCUGCAGGUACUGGAAAAACUGAGACAACGAAAGACUUAUCGAGCUUCUUUGGAAAAAACUGCUACGUGUUUAAUUGCUCGGAUCAGCUGGAUUAUAAAAGUAUGGGAAAUAUAUUUAAGGGAAUUGGCAGCACCGGGUGUUGGUGCUGUUUCGACGAAUUUAAUAGGCUCAUCCCAGAAGUGCUGUCUGUGUGUUCUAUUCAAUUUAAGUCCAUCUUAGACUGUAAACGUAACAAUAAUAAUGUGUGCAUAAUAGGGUCUGAUGAAAUUAUCGUGAAGAAGAACUGUGCCGUGUUUAUCACCAUGAACCCCGACUAUUUGGGAAGGUCUAAAUUGCCGGAGAGCCUCAAAAUUCUGUUCAGACCCAUCACAGUUAUCGUUCCAGACUUUAAUAAAAUUUGUGAAAAUAUGCUCAUGGCUGAGGGGUACGUAGAUGCCAAAUACUUGUCCAUAAAAUUUACCACCUUCUUCGAGUUGGCGCAAAGUCUACUGAAGGAGAAGCAUUGCGACUGGGGGUUGAGAAGCAUCAAGAGUGUCCUCACAAAAGCGGGAUUCCUCAAGAGGACUUACCCAGACUUGGAUGAAAACAAAUUGCUCUACUCGGCCAUACACGAUAUUAACAUUGCGAAAAUAUCUGCCUCCAAUUGUCCAGUCUUCUCCGGGCUCCUUAACGACAUAUUCUUUUCCCACCAGGGGGGCAACAUAAACGGUGCUAAUAACAAUACGUCGAACGGUGCAUCGAACGGUGCAUCGAACGGUGCGUCGAACGGUGCGUCGAACGAUGGGGUGGCGGAAGACAAGGUGGAAGGGGAUGAAAAAGUCGUCACGGAGAGCGUUGCUAACGGUGCGGCUAACUCUCCUGUGAACCCUCCCACGGGGGAGUUCCACCAGAACGGGAUAGAAGAAGAGUUGAUGGAGAUCUGCAAGAGGAACCAUCUCUUCGGGCUGAACUACUUUGUUAAAAAAAUAAUGCAGCUCAACGAUAUCAUCAACAUAAGGCACUGCGUAUUCAUCAUGGGGGAAGCGGGGUGCGGGAAGACGACCCUGUUUAACAUGCUGAUGGAGUACCAAAAGCAACAAAAUCUAAAAACGGUCAGUAUCAGAAUUAACCCCAAGUCGAUCAGUAUUGAUGACCUCUACGGAAGCGUGCAUAUAAAGACGAGGGAAUGGAAAGACGGGGUGUUCUCCAAAUAUAUGAGAAGCUACUCGAUGAGAGAAGACUGCGAUAAGGCGUAUAUAAUCUUCGAUGGGAACUUGGAUUCCCACUGGAUAGAAAAUAUGAAUUCCGUGAUGGACGAUAAUAAAGUGCUGACCCUAUCGUCGAAUGAGAGAAUUCUUCUGAAAAAUCACAUGAACUUAGUGUUUGAGUUUAGCGACUUAAUGUUUGCAACCCCAGCUACGAUAUCGAGAGCAGGGUUGGUUUACUUCUCCGUAGACCCAAAUGACCUUUGGAAGAAUUAUUUCCUCUCCUGGAUUGACAAACAUGAGAAUUUUAAUGCCACUGUUAAAAAAGCCCUUGAAAAAUUAAUGUACAAAUAUGUAGAACCCACUUUUAACUACCUAACCACGGUGAACACGUCCGUUAAGGUGUCGCCUAUCUCGCAUAUUCAAUCCUUGGCAGCUUUGUUAGACAUCCUCCUAAAGGACAACAAUUUCGAGAGCAUGGAACAUUAUUUCGUGUAUGCAGUCAUAUGGUCCUUUGGAAGCUUCCUCGGAGAAAAAGACAAUGCAAACUAUAAGAAGAGCUUCGACAAGUACUGGAAAAAUACUUUUAAAAGUAUCAAAGUGAAUAGGAAAAUUAGCGUUUUCGAUUUUUUCAUAGAAGGUAAUAAAUUCAAAGAAUGGGAGGAGAGUGAAAUAAAGAAUGAGGUCAACCCAAGUCACUUUCUCCAGGAUGACAUUUUCGUCGAAACAGUGGAAAGCUGCUCCUACAAGUAUAUAAGUAAAAUGUUCCUCAAGUCGAAUAUGCCCAUUUUAUUUAUUGGCAAAACAGGAGUGGGAAAAACUCUUCUCUGCAAGAAAAUAUUAAGUGAAGAAAAGGAAGAAUACAAAAGCUUCUACAUGAUUUUCAACUACUACACGAAUGCAAAAAAUGUGCAGUGCUUAAUGCAAAGCUGUUUGGAAAAGAAGUCGGGUAAGCAAUUUAGCCCCCCCUUUCAACAGAAACUGAUCUACUUCAUCGAUGAUAUUAAUAUGCCCAGGUGUGAUGACUACAACACGCAGAGUGCCAUAGAACUUUUGUGCCAAUAUAUCGAUACAAAUUCUUGGUUCGACUUGGAAAAAUUAAACCUCAUCAAAAUUGUGAAUACAAAGUUAAUGUCUUGUAUGAAUUAUAACAGGGGGAACUUUACAGUAAACCCAAGAUUGUUACGACAUUUCUUCAUCCUAAAUAUUAGCUUCCCAGAGAAUAACACGGUUAAUAGCAUUUUUAGUGUCCUCCUUAAGGGACACUUCAAUAGCUUCAAGCAAGACGUAGCGGACUUAGUUCCAUCCAUUUUAAAGUCCACAAUUUCUCUCUUCUAUAAUAUAGAGAAAACGUUCAAAAGGACAGCCACCUAUUUCUACUACGAGUUUAACCUGAGGGAUAUUCACAGUAUUGUAAAAGGAUUGCUUACUGCAGAACCCACUGCUUUUCAAGAUUGCGAUAAAUUGCUCUUCCUUUGGCUACAUGAAUGUGAAAGGGUCUACUCGGACAAGCUAAAUAAGGCAGAUAAAAAAAAAUUCAAAACACUCAUCAUCGAUAUAGUGAAAAAAAUGUAUAACAAAUAUGAGAUCAACAAAUUUGUCAUGAGUAAUGAUAAGUCCUUAAUAUUUUCAAACUUCCACAAAGGAGGUACUACCUCAGGUGGGUACAACGACAAGGUCUACGAUAUGUGCAAAAAUAUAGAGGAACUUACCGCCUACUUAACAGAGGAACUAAAUGAAUACAACAGUUUUUAUAACCUAAAUAUAGUCCUAUUUAAUGACGCAAUAAGGCAUAUUUGUAAGUUAAUCCGUAUUAUAGAUAAUUUAAAAUCACAUGCUUUGCUGCUAGGAAUUGGUGGAUGCGGGAAGACAACCAUCUCUAAAUUUUCCUCAUACAUUUCAUCGAAGAGUUUUUUCGAAAUGGACUUCUCUGCACAGUGCACAGAUAAUGAUGUCAAGAAAUACUUACAAAAUAUUUUCUACAAAUGUGGUAUGAAAAAUGAAGACAUCAUUUUAUUCCUCAAGGAGAGUAAAAUUCAUGAUAGCUUCUUCAUCUACGUGAAUGAAUACAUGUGCUCAAAUAAUAUUAUCGACUUGUAUACAAAAGAGGAGAAGGACUACAUUGUUCAGAACAUGAGGAAUAUUGCCAAGGCGGAAGGGGUCCAGGAGACUGACAGUAGCAUAUUCGAGUACUUCCUGAAGAAGGUAAAUGAGAAUUUGCAUUUCAUUCUUUGCUUUUCCCCCACUAGUAACAAUUUUAGAGACAAAUCGAAUAACUUCCAGUGCAUACUGAACAACACCAUGAUUGAUAUUUACGACAAUUGGGAAUCUGAUUCGCUGCUCUGUGUGGGACAGAACUAUGUUAGCAAUAUCUACAUGAACUUGCGAACUGGGGAUAUAGAACUGAGUGAGGACUGCCUAGAAGGGGCGCCAAAAAACGGAGAAGAAGUCCCCGUCGCAGUUGCCGAUAUUGCCCCUGAGGAGCACGUCAACCUGAAGGGAAUCGUGACGGAGUAUCUGAAGGAGUGCUACGAGGAUCUACUAGAAAUCGCCUCCAACUAUUAUGCCCACGAAAGGGCGCACAUCUACAUCACGCCAAAACUGUACUUGGAGAGCAUCAAGACGAAAAAAAAAAAAAUAUCCGAGGAGAAGAAAGAAGCCUCAGAAAAAUAUGCUAUAGACAUUGGAAAUGAAAAGAUGAUCGUUAAGAAAGAGAGCGACUUGGCUGAUAUAGAAGAACAGAAAUGUCUGGAAAUACAGAAAACGGUGCUAAAACAACAGGAGGAAUGUGAAAAUGAUAUAGCCUUGGGUAUUCCCCUCAUAGAACAAGCGGAAGAAGCGCUUAACACACUGAACAAAAAGAAUAUACAAGAAUUGAAGACGCUAAAUAAACCCCCUCCAGGAGUGGAAGACAUCACCGCAGCAGUUAUGCAGCUACUAGCCACAAUCGACACGACUAUCUCUGUAGAUAAGUUUGGAAAAAUUAAGGAUAGGAGUUGGAAGUCGGCCCAGAAAAUGAUGAUCAACCCAGAAAAAUUUAUCUCUCUACUUAAAGACUACAAAAAUAAGAUUGACGAGAAUUUAGUUCCAGACUGCAACUUCAAGUAUGUGGAGAAUUUAAUUAACCUUCCCCAUUUUAAUAAAAAUGCGAUUCAGAAAAAAUCCAAAGCUGCUGCAGGGCUAGCUGAAUGGGUUCUAAAUGUUACAUCGUUCCACAAACUUAUACAAAAUAUUCUACCCAAGAGAACACUCCUAGAAAAUACGAAAAGAAGUUUGGAAGAAGCAAAUGAGAAGUUGCAAAUAGUACGAGAGAAGGUACAGUCCCUUAAGACACAGCUCAGCACUCUUAUAAGUCAAUAUGAUCACGCUUUAUACGAAAGAGACCUUGUAAUCUUGGAAGAGAAGAAACUUAAAACCAAGUUGGAACUAUCCAUCAGGUUGAUAGACGCUCUGAGCAGUGAACAAAUAUCAUGGUCCAAUCAGUAUGAAGUUUUGAAGAAGAAAAAAAAAACCAUCCUCACGGAUAUACUUUUGUCUUCCACUUUUGUCACCUUCUGUGGGGGAUUCACCAAAAAGUACAGAAACAAAAUUAUGACAAAAUGUGUUGAGACGUUGAACAGGAAGAACCAGAUUCAGAACGAGGUCUUUAGCGAAGUGCUUAAAAAGAUGCAAAAGAGCGCUGUAAAGGAGAAGUCCGCCACGGCAAGCAAGGAAAACGAAUGUGCGGGUGCUUCCAUUGCCGGUAACGGUGUAGAUCAAACAGGAGGAGAUGAUGCACUACACAGAGGAGACGCAUCCCAAAUCGGGGAGGACUCCAAGGAAGACCUCCCUUAUGAUAUCUUCUCAGUGAACAGCUUCAACUUGGAUCUCCUAAUAAACGAAGAAACCCUUUCUAAGUUAAGCAAACAAGGAUUAACCCUAAACUCCGUCUGCAUAGAAAAUAACCUAAUCCUGGAAAACAGCGAAAAGUUCCCUAUCAUUAUAGAUCCUCAAAUGGAAAGUCUCAAAUGGCUAAUAAAUAGCCAGAAGGAAAAAAGCGAAAAGCUAAUAAUCACAGACAUAAAUGAUAGUAUGCUUUUUAAAAAAAUAAUAGAAUGUCUCUCCUUUGGCUACUCCAUAAUUAUAGAAAAUGCAGAUGAAAAUAUAGAUAACUCUCUCUACAACAUUAUUUCAAAAAAUAUAAUAAGGAGAAAAGACAAUUAUUACAUCAAUAUUAACGAGAAGGAACACGUUUUCCACCCCUCGUUCUACAUCAUCCUGCACACUCAGUUGUCUAAUCCGCACUACCAACCGGAGAUCCAGUCAGCCUGCUCACUUAUCAAUUUCACUGUAACGCCGGACGAUCUAGAGGAGCAUCUACUCUCCAUCACACUAGAAAACGAAUUCAACCACUUGUCUAAGAAGAGAAAAAAAUUAUCCUUACUUAAAUAUGACUACAUGUGUCAACUGUCCUUUCUCCAAUCGUCCAUCCUGCAGAAGCUAACCAAUGCUAAGGGAGACAUCCUGGAAGAUGUUUCUCUCAUUGAAAACUUAGAAACCACCAAACUGCUCAGUGAAAAUAUUACCAAAAAAACAGAAAUCGUGAAAAGCACAGAAGUACAUAUAAACACCAUCAUCAAUUUAUAUAGACCCUUGUCCAGACGGGGAGUCAUGUACUUCUUCAUCCUUCAGAAGCUGAAGAACAUCCAUUCAUUUUACUUUUACUCUUUGGAGAUUUUUUUGAAGAUCUUUAUCAAGUGCCUCAAUGACUGUGCUCAGUUCAGACCCCCCAACAGUGGCCCCCAACCAAGGGUGAAGAGCCACCGCAAGAGGGUUAAAGCCAAGGGGGGAGAAACAGCCACCAAAGUGGAAGUAGCCGUGAAGGUGGACGGACCAACCGAACCGGACCUUAUCACCAAUGCAAACGAACCAGAAGUUAUCCCCAAUACAAUCGAACCGGAAGUCAUCGCAAGUACAGUCGUACCAGAAGUUAUUGCCAAUACAAUCGAACAUGAGGGUUCCGCCAGCCCAACUGAGCAAGAAGGGGUCAACAACCCAGUUGAGCCAAGUGAAGAGGAAGGAGCAGAAAAACCGGAAGAAGCGGUUGAGACAGAAGUGGUUGCCAACCCAACAGAACCCGAAGUUGCCGCUAAUCUAGAUGAACCGAAAGAGGAGGGAACAACUGAAAAAUUGGAGGAGCCGGAAGUAGCUGUCGAGAUGGCCGAACCAGAAGAGGUCGCCAAUCCAGAUGAGACAAAAGAAGAGGAAACAGAAGCAAAACCGGAAGAACCUGAAGUGGCAGCCGAAUCAACCGAACCGGAAGUGGUUGCUAAUCUAGGAGAACCCGAACCGGUCGCUACUCAGCCUUCACUUGAAAAUGACGCGAGUCCAAUCGAACCCGAACCUGAAGCUGUCAUCGAGUCAGAAGAACAAGAAGUGGUUGUUAACCCAGUCGAAUCAGAAGCAGGCGUAAACCCAGUAGAACCAGAAGUGGUCGUCGAGCCAGAAUCUACCCCUGCUGCUGACGUGGAUGCCCAGCCCAGCGCGCAGAAGGGAGAAGAGGAUCCCCAAAAGGAAGACCUGGAUACCACGAGCGUAGAGAGCAACGAAUCGGAUGACAUCGAAUUCGAAAGUGACGACCUGGACGGGGAAGAUGCCCAAAGUGAAGAAACAAAGAUAGACAAGAAUGAAGUGCAGAAGAGAGUAAACGUACUGAUCAGUCUUCUAAUAGAAAAAAUGUGGAUGUAUAUCGAUAAGGGACUCCUAGAGAGAGAUAAACUUAUCGUAAAGUGUCUGAUCAUGUUAAACCUAGAAAAGCUAAACGGAAAUAUUAGCCAAGAGGAAGAGGACAUGUUUAUAAACCCAAAGUGUACCGUAAAAGCAAGCCAAAAAGAAAAUGAAAGAGGAGAAAAAAAGCUAAUCAAUAAAUCCUUCAUGAGUGAAGACCUAUAUCAAGAUUGUAAAAAUUUAGAAAAUUUGAAAGACUUUGAUAACCUUACAGAAAGCUUAGAAAGCGAGAGCAUGUCGUGGAAACAGUGGUUCCUAAGUGACAAGGUAGAGAAUGAGGAGCUCCCCAGGAAGUAUAACAACUUGAAGGACUUCUCCAAGUUGCUACUAAUAAGGGUUUUACGAAAGGACAGAUUCCCUGUGGCGUUGAAAAAUUACAUCCAUACAAACAUCAAAAUGACGAAUGAUGAGAAGAAUACCUACGCGUUGGAGAAGAUCCUCGAGGAGUACAUCGAUAAUAAGACGCCCGUGUUGUUUCUGCUAACACCGGGAAACGACCCCUCCAAGGAUAUCGAGGAGUACGUAGCGAAACUGAAAAGGACAAAGGGAAAGGGUGCGAAUAGUACCCAAAAAGGGGACCACACAACAGAUGGAAAGCAGCACAGCGAAGAAACCAUUUCCUACGUUAAUAUUUCCAUGGGGCAGGGACAGGAAAGCAUUGCACUUAAGUAUUUGAAGGAAACAUCCCAAUCAGGGGGAUUCAUAUUCCUGCAGAACAUCCACCUCAUGACCAAAUGGCUAAAAGAAUUUGAAGAAAUCCUCGACAAAAUAUUAACCGAUGCUCACCCGAAUUUCCGUCUAUUCCUAUCGUCAGCCAUUCCUUCCGAAAAAGACACCAAAUUGUUACCGGAGAAAUUACUAAAAAAGUGCUUCAGGAUUAACAAUGAAAAGUCUUUUAGCUUAAAGGAUAACAUCAAAUGUUCCUUGGAGAAAUUCCAAAGUAGGGAAUACGACGAUAAGCUAAAAAAUGUAAUUUUUGGUCUCUCCUAUUAUCAUAGCUUGCUCUUGGGAAGGUUUCUCUACGGAAAAAUUGGAUUCAGUCAAUCGUAUUCCUUCAACGAUAAUGAUUUGGAAAUUUCUUUUAAUAUUAUCAAGAGGUACUUGGAGAGUUACAACAGUUUUCCUCUUGCAGAUGUUCUCUUCCUCAUAGGGGAAAUAAUUUACGGGGGGCACAUCACGGAUGUAUGGGAUAGACGCAUAAACAAGACGUACGUCAAAAAUGUGCUCAAGGAGAUAUACAGAAAUGUGGUUGCCAUUAAUGGUCGCACGGUUAGCGGCGAGGUGCGUGAUGUUCAAAAUGGAGACGACGAAAAUGAUGAAAAUGACGCAGAUGGAGAGGACCAUGCGGAGGAGGGCGAUGCAAGCGGGCGUGGGGCCACACAUGGUAGGAAGCCUGAGGCCCGCCGUGCAAACGACCAGGAGGACGAAAUGGAUGAGCAGGCAGUCCUCAAAGACACCAGGACGAACAUCCUCUUCGAACUGUUCAAAUUCCCUGACUGCACCAAAUACAGCAUUCCCCAGUUGAAAAAAUAUGUGGAUGAGAAGCUGAACAAAGAACAGACCUGCUUGCUGGGUCUCCACGUGAACGCGGAAAUUGAAUAUAUGAAAAAUGAGUGCUCGAGAAUCCUGCAGAAUUUGCAAGAGAUCAGCAGUCGGGAGAUUUCCUCCUCGCAGGGUUCUUACGAAAAGGGGACAAAAACGGACGCCACGCACAACCCCGGUGGAAGUACCGUUGGGAAUAAACAGGGAAGUCACCCCACCAGUGACAGCAAAGAUGAUGGAAAGCGCCCCAAGGAGUCCGACCAACUACGGAAGAAGGACCGCCAUAAAGGAGACACAGAAACGGAAAGUGGAAAAAAUGAAACCACUAAAAUUAUAUAUGACAUUAUUAACCGCCUCCUAAAUGAACUCCCAGAAAAAAUAGACAUAAGUGAUCUGAAAAUAGAAGACACAGAGACGAACACAUUUAUGGUCAUUGCAUUGAAGGAGUCCGAAAAGUUCAACGCACUCAUUGAUUGCAUUUAUGACAGCUUGGUGGAGAUAAAGCUAGUACUAGACGGUAUCCUAAAUAUGAACAGUAAAAUACAACUUAGCAUAAAGGCUUUACUGCUACAUAACAUCCCAGAAAUUUGGAAGAGCUUUUCCUAUCCGUCCAAAAAGAAACUACUACCAUGGUUUGAAGACUUCAAAUUGAGAGUAACUUUUUUACAAGAAUGGAUUGCAAAAAUAAGGUGCAAUAUUUUCUUACCCAAUUCUGUAUGGCUAUCUGCUCUUUUCAAUCCGAUUUCAUUCCUCACGGCCAUUAAACAGAAGUUCUCGCAUGAGAAUAGAGUUCCUAUCGAUAAGCUAAAGCUAAAGUGGCACGUCACAAAUAUCACCAAAGUAGAAGAACUAAACAAUAAAAAUAAUUCUUUGUACAUCCAUGGGUUGUUUCUCCAGGGAGCCUCCUGGUUCAUUAAUUCGCAAAAUGAUUCCUUCACAUUUGAUAUGGAUAAUUUGGGUGAUAACGUAUCCUAUGGCAAUCUAGUGGAGUCCGUGCCGAAGAACAUCUUCUUCCCCAUGCCGCUCGUCUACGUUUAUUGUGUCACGAAUGAACAGGAAGAACGGCUUGCCCGGGCAUCCGACGCCCGCUACUUGGAUACGCCCCUUUAUAUCACCUCGGAUAGGGGCGGCACCUUCGUCUGCUCCGUCGAUUUGAACCUAGAAACGGACGACCUCGAGGACAAGUGGAUCUUAGCUGGAGUUGCCCUCUUCCUAUCGGACGAUUAG